UUGGCACUCAGGAGCCCUUUCCGCUGUGGUUUCGGGAGUUAAGCAGAAGUUGACGGGUUAUUGCUGGCUGGGCAUCGUCCAGUGAGCUGGUACCAGCUGUGUUCCCGUGUUGGCCUCCAGCAGUGCCUCUCCCCAGAGGAGGCUGUGUGCAUCUUUCCCUUCAUCGUCGUGGAGUGUGGGAUUAACUCAUUUCUUGCCAUGUCCUCUAACAAGACUUUCAGAAUCAAGCGGUUUCUGGCCAAGAAACAAAAACAAAAUCGUCCCGUCCCCCAGUGGAUUCAAAUGAAAACCGGUAAUAAAAUCUGGUACAACUCGAAGAGGAGGCAUUGGAGAAGAACCAAGCUGGGUCUGUAAGGAAUUGCACACGAGAUGGCACAUACUUAUGCUGUAUCAAGGUCCCUGUCAUCUUACCACAUUAAGCUGAAAAUGUCAUCAGUUGGACAGUCAGCCACAUUUCACUGGGAAAAUGAUUUUUCUCUUUGUUCAUAUUCUUUGCCCUAAGAAGCUGGUUCAGUAAUAAAUAUGUGAGACCUUUU